AUGACACUCAAAGACCCCUUUGUCGAUGCCUUUCUUGAUGCUUGUUACGAGGGUGACCUAUCAAAGACCCAGGAAGCCAUCGCCAGCGGGCGACUAACUUCCGAAGAGCUCGACGAGGGGCUCGCUGAGGCCACUGCAAUGGUGCAUACUGACCUCGUGCCGGUGCUCUUCGACGCUGGCGCUAGCGUGUCUACUAAAUCAGUGGCCGCUCUCCGUGGGGACAGUAGCCGACAACACCCGACCAUUGUUCGCCUGUUCUUCGAUCAUGGCCUUGAUCCUAACGCAACCGAUUCUAGUGGCGACCCUAUUCUUGCCUUUAUGGAAGAUCCCGAAUGCGCUCGUGAAUUCCUCUCACGGGGCGCUGAUUCUAACCGCGUCGACUCCCGGGGGGCACCUACCUUCCUUGCUGCUAUUUAUUGCCUUCGAGAAGAUGACACCGCUCUACUUGAUCUGUGUCUCGAAUAUGGGGCCUGGUUGAAAUCGGAACACCUCUUUUAUGCCGUGGGUCGGCGCGUGGCUGGAUCACAGUUCAAGACUUCCUUCCUUCUUGGAAAGGGCCUCGAUCCGAAUGCAUCCCACCCUAGAUGGGGCACUAUCCUGCAUUGCGCUAUCCGUAAUGCCCAGACGAGCGCUAUCAAAGUACUACUAGAUGCGGGAGCAGAUCCCACAGCACGAUCACAAGGCACAAAUUUCCAUGGCCAAACCCCCUCAGAGGCGGCCGAGUGGCUGCAAAAUCCCGACACUAAGUCGGCUAUCCUGACCCUCCUCCGUUCUGCAAUCUCUGGAAAAGACCGCGAUGCAAGCUCUUAA